AUGGCCUCUUUUGGAUAUUUCCUGUUUCUUUGUGGGUUGAGUCAGGCUCUGUCAAGUUACCCAAUCUGGUGGUCCUUGGCAAUCGGUCACCAGUAUUCCUCCCUGGGGACUCAGCCCAUCCUGUGCGGGAGCAUCCCAGGACUGGUACCCAAGCAGCUACGCUUCUGUCGGAACUAUGUGGAGAUCAUGCCCAGUGUAGCAGAAGGGGUGAAGAUUGGGAUCCAGGAGUGCCAACACCAAUUUCGAGGGAGAAGGUGGAACUGCACGACCGUCAAUGACAGCUUAGCCAUCUUCGGGCCCGUGCUAGAUAAAGCUACCAGGGAAUCAGCCUUUGUCCAUGCCAUUGCCUCUGCCGGAGUGGCUUUCGCUGUGACCAGAUCCUGCGCCGAGGGCUCGAGGGCUGCCCCCGUCUGCGGUUGUCCCCCCCGCCACAAGGGCUCUCCUGGGGAAGGCUGGAAAUGGGGGGGCUGCAGCGAGGACGUGGAGUUUGGGAGCAUGGUGUCUCGGGAGUUUGCGGAUGCCCGAGAGAACAGACCAGAUGCUCGGUCAGCCAUGAACAGGCACAACAACGAAGCUGGAAGGACCUCUAUUAUUGAACUCAUGCAUCUUAAGUGCAAAUGUCACGGCCUCUCAGGCAGCUGCGAAGUGAAGACCUGCUGGUGGUCUCAGCCAGACUUCAGGGUCAUCGGUGACUACCUCAAGGACAAGUACGAUAGCGCUUCUGAAAUGGUGGUGGAAAAACAUCGAGAAUCCCGUGGCUGGGUCGAGACCCUCAGGCCCAAAUACAACUUCUUCAAGGCUCCGACUGAGAAGGACCUGGUUUACUACGAGAACUCACCAAACUUUUGCGAGCCCAACCCUGAGACAGGUUCCUUUGGGACCCGUGACAGGAUCUGUAAUGUUACUUCCCACGGGAUUGAUGGUUGCGACCUUUUGUGCUGCGGCCGCGGGCACAACACAAGGACUGAGAAACGGAAAGAGAAGUGUCACUGUAUCUUCCACUGGUGCUGCUAUGUCCGCUGCCAGGAGUGCAUACGAGUCUACGAUGUCCACACGUGCAAAUAA